CUGAGAAAAGAAGUAAUCAUAAGAAAAAGUUUAGAUUUCUAGAACUAACGGUUGAAUGGAAAACAAAACACAAGAAAGAUGCAAAAAAUAACCAAACCUCCACUGGAUAUAUGUACUUAAAUUUUUAUACAUUACAG